GCAAACAUUCGUUCAAAUCGUACUAAAUUUUAGUACAAUUUAACGGCGGAUUUUCCUUCAAUUCUUGAUAUUGCAUUUUUGUUCCAAGUUUUUUCUUUGGUCGUGGCCGCUGUUGCAAAUAAUAAAAUAUAUAGAAUAGGAAAGUUGCGCCAAUAUUUGAAAUGGAUUCAAAGUUGCCAAAGCCAUCGGGACUUAAGCGGCCUACGGCGCUAUCGAAAAAUAUUUUGCCAAUGGAUAGAAUAAAAACAGGGACGCUUGGCUUUGGUUCAAAAUCAGUGAAUCUCUCAAUUAGCGGAAUAGACCAAUUCCAACCCCUGGCGCGUGAUAUUACAAAUUUAACAAAUGGUCGUAGAGGUCGUGCAGCAUCGCCAGACAUUUCUUGUUCCAACAACACAAAUAAUGCAGGUGUACCUCGGUCCAGAUUACGACGAAGUCCUAGUAGUCACAUUAGAUGA